AUGUCAGCUUCGGAAAAGCAAAGAUUAGAAAGUAAAAGUGGCAAUUUACGUCACAAAUGCGACGAGUGUGGUAAGAUUUUCUUAACUGAGAAAAAAUUGGACGAUCACAUAAAUGGAGUUCAUUUGAAACAGAGAAAUUUUGUUUGCGAAAAUUGUGGACGAUCUUUUGCCACAAGGCGUGGUUUGAAAAUCCAUGAUAUAAAUGUCCAUCAAAAGAUAAAAAAUUUCACGUGCGAUACGUGUGGAAAGGCUUUUAGUUACAAAAGAGUCUUGGAUGAGCACAUUACUACAGUUCAUGAAAAAAUUAAAGAUCACAAAUGCGAAGAGUGUGGCAUGUCUUUUGGACGAAAGUGGACUCUGACGAGGCACAUAGAUGCAGUUCAUUUGAAACCCAUAGAAAAAGUAUGUAACGAAUGUGGAAAGUUCUUUGGUGAUAAAAGUACAGUCAAAACACACGUGGCCACAGUUCAUGAAAAAAUCAAAGAUCACAAGUGCGAAGAGUGUGGUAAGUCUUUUGGACUAAAGCCCAAUCUGAUGAGACACAUAGAUGUAGUUCAUUUAAAACUCAAAGAGCAUAUAUGCUUCGAGUGUGACAAGUCUUUUGGGCUAAAGUGUGUUCUGAUGAGGCACAUAGAUGCAGUUCAUUUGAAACUCAAAGAGAACAUUUGCAAAGAAUGUGGGACAGCUUUUCUUCGUAAAAGUGACUUGAAUAAACACAUUAUUACAGUUCAUGAAAAAAUCAAAGACCACCAAUGCUUCGAGUGUGGUAAGUCUUUUGGACUAAAGCCCAAUCUGAUGAGACACAUAGAUGUAGUUCAUUUGAAAUUUAAAGAGCAUACGUGUGGAGAAUGUGGAAAGUCUUUUGUUGAAAAAAAUAAGUUGAAUGAACACAUUUCCGCAGUUCAUGAAAAAAUCAAAGAUUACAAAUGCGAAGAAUGUGGUAAAUCUUUUGGACGAAAAGGUUCUUUGAUGAAGCACAUAGAUUUAGUUCAUUUGAAACUCAAAGAGCAUCUGUCAAAGAAUGCGGAAAAACCUUUAGAAAGAAUAGAGAUGUGA